UAUAAUAAAAAAAAUAUGUGUGUGUAUUUAACCCAUGCUCCUCCCUUUCAUUGGCGAAUUAACUUGGUAAAAAUGUUUUUUGAAAAAAAAAAAAACACAGACAGAGAAAGGAAAAACGGGGGAAAUUUUCGAUACCUUAUCCUUCCAAGCGCUUCCCUGAGAACCACGAAUUACACGAAAGAUGGCAACCUUCCGUUUCACAGUAUCCCCAUCCUUCACCACCACGAUCCCUAAAUACAGCCACCCCACCGCCACCCCUGCUCUUCAUCUGAACCCUAAGCGCCACCGUCCAACUCCACCGACCAUUGUGCAUUCCUAUAAGGUUGUCAUCGAACACGAAGGUGAGUCGCGGGAGUUGCAAGUCGACCGCGACGAGACCAUUCUGUCCAAGGCCCUGGACUCCGGCCUGGACGUUCCUCACGACUGCAAGCUCGGUGUCUGCAUGACUUGCCCUCGCCUUCUCAGUGGCUCCGUCGAUCAGAGCGAAGGAAUGCUUAGCGACGAUGUUGUUGAGCGUGGCUACGCACUCUUGUGCGCCUCCUACCCUCGAUCUGAUUGUCGUAAGACCAUUCCCGAGGACGAGCUGCUUUCUUUGCAGUUGGCUACCGCCAACGACUGAUCGUCUCGCUUUCAGUCGUGGAAUGUUGUUGCUUUAAUUUCGUGUCGAAGAACCCAAGAAGAGGUUUUGCUUCUUCCUGAUCAAUGGAUCUGGUUCUCUGAUUCGGUUAUAUACUUUGGUCAUCAGGCAUAUUAAUUGAGAACUUGAGAUGGUCUUUCUAUGCAAUUCUAUUUUGCUUUGGAAA